CUUGCUUAUUUAGAACGAAGUGGGUGGCUGACCCUCAGUUUUGAGAAAACCUGCGAGCAGUUGACAUCUCAAUAGACGACGCAACUAACAAGAAAAACGAACGUCACGCAAUUAUAACUGAAAGUUAGCUUCAAAAAAGUCGCUUCCGUAUUGGAGCAAAUAAAUAUUUGUUAACACUAGCGAUAAGAUCAAGCAUUGGUGAAAUCAUAAGGAUUUAUUAACGAAAUUAGACAUUUUUGGCUUCAGCUGAGGACAUCACCCUCUACGAGUGAGAUGAUCUGAUCCAGAUCAUUGAAUGACUUUAAAAUGCGUUUCGACAUUGACACUCGAUACAGAGAAAUGAUCGUAUUGACACCAAGAGAGCAGAAUAUUGUGAAUCAAAAUCAGGACUUAAAUCUUUCCAUAAAAUCUGAAGAUAUGGAGCAUUCUGAGGAUCUAGCACAUUGUGAUAAUAUGAGCGAUAACUCCGAAGGAUCUGAACAAUACGAGACGGAACCCAAGCCGAGAUCGGGUGGGAAAAUGAAGGGUCUCAAGCCAAGCGAAAUCGAGAUGAUCCGUAAGGAAAUGGAACGAAACAUUGACGAUGAACCCGCAGAAGGUGAGACAACACUUGACGCUGAUGGCAAAAAGAAGAAAACCAGUCUCGUAAAACCUCCUUAUUCCUAUAUAGCUUUAAUAACAAUGGGGAUUUUGCAAUCGCCACAAAAGAAAUUGACAUUGAGUGGGAUUUGUGAGUUUAUUAUCAACAGAUUUCCGUACUACAAAGACAAGUUUCCUGCCUGGCAAAAUAGUAUUCGUCACAAUCUCUCUCUAAAUGACUGUUUCAUAAAGAUUCCCCGAGAGCCGGGCAACCCUGGCAAAGGUAACUACUGGACUCUCGACCCAGCUAGCGAAGAUAUGUUCGACAAUGGCAGCUUCUUGAGACGUAGAAAACGAUUUAAAAGACAAAUGCCCGAUUAUGCGUUUGCCCAGCAGCAAGCUUUUAUGUCCGCUAAUGAACUGUACGGGCACCACCCUGCACUUCUUGCAGCUCACCACCAAGCUGCAGCAGCCGCACAUCAUCAUCAUCCAGGACACCCGACCCACGCUCUGCCAUAUCCUUACAUGGCCCCCAUGCACGGACAGGGAGGCCUUUCGCUCAUUCCACACCCAGAUCUAGCCAGAGCGCAUGCAGUUAACCCAAUGGGGCUUGCAAUCUCCCCUCAACACAUACAAACAUUGCAACGUAGCCUACAGAGAGACAUUGCACCUUGUAAUAAAACAUUAUCCAGUGAACAACAUCUGCCCCAACACUCUGAGCUUGGAAGGGCGCACGUAACUAAUCCACUGGGACUAACAAUUCCCCAGCACCAAUUGCCAAGUGUCCCCAAAGAAGCGAUUCGCCCCCAUAAACCAUUGACGGUCAGUACGACAAUCGUAUCAUCCAGAAGCCCAACCUCUAGCAACAGUAGCCAGAAACCAGGCUUUAGUAUAGACAAUAUAAUCGGGACGUCAUCCUCAUCGUCAUCGCCAAACUCAGACAGGAAGUCCCCAGACUCCCCCGCCGCAGUCACAUCGCAUUCCUUCAGACCGCCCAGUUCAUCACAGGGACAUUUAUUAUUACAACCCGCCCAACCUGCAAUGUCACUACCAGUGUCUCUUGGGAUGAGACCUGCUAUUUCAAUGGACACUCUAAGAUCUAACGGUAAUUCAUUCACCAAUCCCCUUCAUCUGGCCGCUGCUGGCCUUCAUGGGAUGUCCGGUAUAGACUUGGAAAAAUAUAGACAGUAUGUACAGUUACCCUGGCAUCGCUGAAUCCUUUCUCACUUGGGUGAUCAUUUCAUCUCAUUGUUUUCUUCUUUGAUCAUUUCAACAGAAUAUCUCAGCGCAAUAUGUUCACAAGUUCUACAUUGAUAUGAAACAAAUUACAACAAAUUAGUACCUUUAAAUUCGUGUUUACACCCAGAAAAUUGUCUUUUUGUUCGGUAAUAAUAUAGCCAGUGGGACUAAAACUAUUCUAUAGAGAGUUUUAUUCACUUUCAAUGAAUGGCCGACAUAUGUGGUAUCAGAUUGAAACUCCUUCUCUUCUGAAUCAGUUCAAUUCUAUUAAACUAUUUUGAAAAAAACAACAUUUAGAUUCAUAUCCAUAGAAAUUGUAUAAAAGAGAUUGAUAGAAUCAAGAGGUGGUUGCUUAUUUUUCUGACGGAAACUAUCUCGCCUCUUGGAUUGUUUAUUGUAAAAUAUCAUUUCGUGAUAGGGGAUUUUUUUCUUUUUAUUAGAUUUUAUAAUAACUUGAUUUUCAAUACACGUAUCGUUUAAAUUAAACAUAAAAGCAGAGCACAUUCUUGCCAAAUGAACGUAGAGAGAACUAGUGCUCAUUUUAACAUAAUAUUUAUUAUAUUUUCUUGCAAUUAGUCUAUAGGAGAAAGUAUUGUAAAUUAAACAUAACUUUUUCCAUAUUGUACAUAAUGUAUUGUAUAUAUCGUCCACAAAGUUGUGCAAUUUUUUCAACAUAUAAAGUGUAAAUAUCUCAUAUUAUUGACGGAUAUAUUUGUCCGCAGAAACGAACAACAUACUUUAAAAAUAAAGGAUAAUUGAAAUAACUUGGUAUUAUAAUUUAGAUAAUUAUUUGGUGAUCAUUCUCCACUCGUCUUGC